CCAUGCAAGAAGAAGCGAUCCUGAAGAAACAAUCAACACAGAUCUAUAUCUACUAAACAGAGACAUAGAGAGAGAGAUAUGGCUUCUUCUAAAACAACACCUUCGCGAUCAACACCUUCUGGAUCAUCUUCAGGGAGUAGUAGUUCGAUAAGUAGGACAAGAGUGGGUAAGUAUGAGCUUGGGAGGACUUUGGGGGAAGGAACCUUCGCUAAGGUAAAGUUCGCUAGGAACGUUGAGAAGGGUGAGAGUGUUGCCAUUAAGGUUAUUGAUAAAGAGAAGGUCUUGAAGAACAAAAUGAUCGCUCAGAUUAAGCGUGAGAUUUCGACAAUGAAACUGAUCAAGCACCCUAAUGUCAUCCGCAUGAUUGAGGUGAUGGCAAGUAAGACUAAGAUCUACUUUGUUUUGGAGCUUGUUACUGGUGGAGAGCUUUUUGAUAAAAUUUCAAGCAAUGGGAGAUUGAAGGAAGAUGAGGCGAGGAAGUACUUUCAGCAGCUUAUUAAUGCAGUGGACUAUUGUCAUAGCAGAGGAGUUUAUCAUAGAGACCUUAAGCCAGAGAAUUUGCUUUUGGAUGCAAAAGGUGCUCUGAAAGUGUCUGAUUUUGGACUUAGUGCACUGCCUCAGCAAGUCCGAGAGGAUGGGUUACUUCACACAACAUGUGGAACACCCAAUUAUGUUGCUCCCGAGGUAAUAAACAACAAAGGUUACGAUGGAGCCAAGGCUGAUUUGUGGUCUUGUGGUGUGAUUCUCUUCGUCUUAAUGGCUGGUUACUUACCUUUCGAAGAUUCUAAUCUCACGUCACUAUAUAAAAAGAUAUUUAAAGCUGAAUUUACCUGCCCGCCUUGGUUCUCAGCAAGUGUUAAGAAGUUAAUUAAAAGGAUUCUCGAUCCUAAACCAGCAACGAGGAUAACAUUUGCUGAAGUCAUUGAAAAUGAGUGGUUUAAGAAAGGGUAUAAGGCACCUAAAUAUGAGAAUGCUGAUGUCAGUCUUGAUGAUGUUGAUGCAAUCUUUGAUGAAUCAGGGGAGUCUAAGAACCUUGUUGUGGAGAGGCGAGAAGAAGGACCUAAAAACCCAGUAACUAUGAAUGCUUUUGAGCUCAUCUCAACCUCCCAGGGUCUCAAUCUCGGUUCACUUUUCGAAAAACAAAUGGGGCUUGUAAAACGAAAAACUCGAUUUACUUCAAAAUGUUCAGCUAAUGAUAUAGUCACAAAAAUUGAGGCAGCAGCAGGGCCUUUGGGGUUUGAUGUCAAGAAAAAUAACUACAAGAUGAAGCUGGUAGGAGAGAAAUCAGGGCGCAAGGGUCAGUUAGCAGUGGCUACUGAGGUUUUUCAAGUAGCUCCAUCACUUUACAUGGUUGAAAUGCGGAAAUCAGGUGGUGACACGUUGGAAUUUCACAAGUUUUACAAAAACCUUACGACGGGUCUUAAGGACAUUGUUUGGAAAACUAUUGACGAAGAGAAAGAAGAAGGAGCUGAAGGUGGUACUACUAAUGGUACCGUGGCUGCUUCUUGA